AGUAUAAAUAACAACAUGCGAUGGUGCUGCAAAGCACACUGAGUGCAACAAAGUGUUAACAUGAAAGGCAAUGAUACACUUUUGUUGCAUUUAUUCUACACUCUCUUGUUGUUUCUUGGAGUACGAAGUUCAUCUUCAGCAGGGAAUGGAAGUAACGAUGUCACUAACCGUAAAGAAGUUUAUAUCGUGUAUAUGGGAGCCGCAGAUUCAACAAAUGCUUCCUUCCGGAAUGACCAUGCUCAGGUUCUCAAUUCAGUGCUAAGAAGGAAUGAGAAUGCUCUAGUACGGAACUACAAACAUGGUUUCUCAGGGUUCGCAGCUCGUCUAUCAAAAAAGGAGGCAACCUCAAUUGCUCAGAAACCUGGUGUGGUGUCUGUUUUCCCUGACCCAGUUCUGAAACUCCACACUACACGGUCAUGGGAUUUCCUCAAAUACCAAACUCAAGUCAAAAUUGACACCAAACCAAAUGCGGUCUCCAAAUCUUCUUCCGUCAUUGGUAUCUUAGACACAGGUAUAUGGCCAGAGGCGGCGAGUUUUAGCGACAAGGGUAUGGGUCCUGUUCCAUCUCGUUGGAAAGGCACCUGCAUGAAAUCACAAGACUUCUAUUCCUCCAAUUGUAACAGGAAGCUAAUUGGCGCAAGGUAUUAUGCUGACCCUAAUGACUCGGGGGACAACACGGCUAGGGAUUCUAAUGGGCAUGGAACCCAUGUGGCGGGAACGGCAGCUGGUGUUAUGGUGACUAACGCAUCUUACUACGGUGUUGCGACAGGGUGUGCAAAGGGUGGGUCCCCAGAGUCAAGAUUAGCGGUUUACAGAGUGUGUUCUAACUUUGGGUGUCGUGGGUCGAGCAUUCUUGCUGCGUUUGACGAUGCCAUUGCGGACGGAGUGGAUGUGUUGUCGGUGUCACUAGGUGCAUCCACUGGGUUUCGACCCGACUUGACGUCCGAUCCGAUUUCGCUUGGAGCAUUCCAUGCUAUGGAGCAUGGCAUCCUCGUCGUCUGCUCUGCUGGGAACGAUGGACCCAGCUCCUACACCCUUGUCAACGAUGCACCUUGGAUUUUAACUGUUGCAGCUUCCACCAUUGAUCGAAAUUUUCUAUCCAACAUCGUCUUAGGUGAUAACAAAAUCAUCAAGGGCAAAGCUAUAAAUCUAUCCCCUCUUUCAAAUUCUCCCAAGUAUCCACUGAUAUACGGUGAGUCUGCCAAGGCGAAUAGCACCAGCUUAGCUGAAGCAAGACAAUGCCACCCAAAUUCAUUAGAUGGGAAUAAAGUCAAAGGAAAGAUCGUGGUCUGUGAUGACAAAAAUGAUAAAUAUUCAACUAGAAAAAAAGUUGCCACGGUGAAAGCGGUGGGAGGAAUUGGUCUGGUUCAUAUUACUGACCAAAAUGAAGCAAUAGCAUCAAAUUAUGGGGACUUCCCAGCAACGGUCAUAAGUUCAAAAGAUGGCGUCACAAUCCUCCAGUACAUCAAUUCAACCAGCAAUCCAGUGGCAACUAUUCUAGCAACAACAUCAGUUCUUGAUUAUAAGCCUGCUCCCCUGGUGCCAAACUUCUCAUCAAGAGGGCCUUCAUCGCUUUCAAGCAAUAUUCUCAAGCCUGAUAUUGCAGCUCCGGGAGUUAACAUUCUCGCUGCAUGGAUUGGAAAUGGCACAGAAGUGGUUCCCAAAGGAAAAAAGCCCUCACUAUACAAGAUAAUCUCAGGGACUUCCAUGGCUUGCCCGCAUGUUUCAGGGCUUGCAAGCAGUGUCAAAACACGCAACCCCACUUGGAGUGCCUCCUCAAUCAAAUCUGCCAUCAUGACUUCAGCAAUUCAAAGCAACAACUUGAAGGCUCCCAUAACAACGGAAUCAGGGUCGGUAGCCACACCUUAUGACUAUGGAGCAGGGGAAAUGACAACAUCUGAACCAUUGCAACCGGGGCUAGUUUAUGAAACCAGCUCCGUUGACUACUUGAACUUCUUGUGUUACAUUGGAUUCAACGUAACCACGGUUAAAGUCAUCUCCAAAACCGUCCCUCGUAAUUUCAAUUGCCCCAAGGAUUUGAGCUCUGAUCAUAUCUCUAACAUCAACUACCCUUCCAUAGCAAUAAACUUCAGUGGCAAAAGAGCCGUGAACUUGAGUAGAACUGUUACAAACGUUGGCGAAGAUGAUGAAACAGUGUACUCCCCCAUUGUUGAUGCUCCCAGUGGAGUGCAUGUCACAUUAACUCCAAAUAAACUUCGGUUUACGAAAAGUAGUAAAAAACUAAGCUACCGAGUUAUUUUUUCAUCAACUCUGACCUCCUUGAAGGAAGAUCUGUUUGGAUCUAUUACUUGGAGUAACGGUAAGUAUAUGGUUCGAAGUCCUUUUGUGUUAACUAAGUGAAUUUAAAAGUAACGAUGAAUAAAUGCUUCUUCAUGCUUUUAGUUCAGUGUUUACUAGUAUCAUUCUCUAUUGACAAAUAAAUUAGGGGUGCCAGUUUGUGAUAUUUGUUUAAUAAUUAAUAUUCCAGGUAAUCUAGUGUUCCAAGUGUUUCGUAGAUUUUCAAACGGAUAUGUAAAAAUUGAAUGCUACCUAUUAUUUCUACCUCGUCUCACAACCAAGUUAUUAUGCUUGACUUCUAACUUACUAUUAGCUAUC